AGCAGAGAGCUGGACCGGAAGAGGAGCAACCAGGACUAGAACCCGUGCCCAUAUGGGAUGGUGGCACUGCAGGCGGAGGAUUAACCAAGUGAGCCAUGGUGUCAGCCCCUGGCUGGCUCUCCUGAUGGAGGAUUUGGGCCCUUGAUCUUAUAGCAAGGUCCGGCGAGGUCCUGGGAAACGGGGGGAUUAUCCUGUACCUCUAGCCCCUCUACAAGCAGAAGGAGGCCACUCUUAGGUUCUAGCAGCAGCUACCCACUGCCUAACCUCAUGGAAGCUUCCCUGGGCUCUGUGCCUCAGUCUCCCCAUUUGCUGAAAGUGGUGCUGGAGGAUGGAGCAGAGCUGCCUUUUAGCCUUGACCUCUGUGGUGUCUGCUCCUCCUUGGAUCUCAUCUCCGUCUACAUUUGUGACUUUAUGUUCUCUCUGUGGCCCUGGGGAAGGACAGAGGUAAGGCUCCCCCUGUGCAGAUGGGUUCCCCAAGGCCAGAGGUGGCCCUGGUGAGACCCAGGGCACAGAGUGAUGCUGAGAGGGGUGGUGGGGCCUUCCCUCUAUGUACCCCUCUCUUGGGAUCAGAAAGAGGGGGUCCUGGCUCAGCUAUUUUUGGGCUAAACUGGCCCUCCUCCCAGGCAGGGACUCUGGGCCCCCCGCCCAGAGUGGAGAUGAAUGCGGCCCCUUGUCUGCGCACCCCCUGAGACCGAGGACACGGCCCAGUGCCCAGUGUUGGCAGAACGUCCGUUUUGCUCCGAGCUGAGGGGAACAUAGCAGAGCAGGUCUAGUGGAGCAGCCAGCACAGACUGGAAGCAGUGGCUGCCAUGGACGAGGACAGUCUCCCUCCCUCCCUGCCCGAGGAAGGCAAUGCUGCCGGGGACUCCAGCCUGGAGCCUGAAGAAGCACCUGGGGUCCAACCCGACGAGGACCUGAGCUGCAGCCUUGGCAGCCCAGGGCACAAGGAAAGAGGAUGCCUGGGGCACACAGAGGAGCCUGCAGAGGACCAGGACGGGGCCCCCCACAGCCUCAGCCUUGACCUCUCCCUCACCAAUGGCUUAGCUCCGGGACAAGACUCAAACAUUCUGGAAGGUGGCACAGAGCCCAGGCCCUGGAGGGCUGGUGGGCUGGCGGGAGGGCACGAUGCUGACACGGAGGACCCUCAGCUGGGGCUGGGUGACCCUGGGGAGCCAGAUGUACGGGACGGUUUCAGCGCCACGUUUGAGAAGAUUCUGGAAUCAGAGCUGCUGCGGGGCACCCAGUACAGCAGCCUCGACUCCCUGGAUGCGCUGAGCCUCACGGACGAGAGUGACAGCUGUGUCAGCUUUGAGGCCCCUCUCACACCCCUGAUCCAGCAACGGGCCCGUGACAGCCCUGAGCCGGGGGCCGGGCUGGGCAUUGGGGACAUGGGGCCCGAGGGGGACAUGGGGGCAGCUGGUGGUGAGGGAGAGCUGGGCAGCCCCCUGCGGCGCUCCAUCUCCUGCAGCCGCUCAGAGAAUGUCCUGAGCCGCCUGUCUGUCACGGCCGUGCCCAAUGGAUUCCAUGAAGAUGGGCCCCCGGGCCCAGGCGGGGAGGAGGAGGAAGAGGAGGAGGAAGAGGAGGACACAGACAAGUUGCUGAACUCAGCCAGCGACCCCAGCCUGAAGGACGGCCUGUCGGAUUCGGACUCGGAGCUGAGCAGCUCGGAGGGGCUGGAGCCUGGCGGCACAGACCCUCUGGCCAACGGGUGCCAGGGCAUGAGCGAGGCUGCUCGCCGGCUGGCCCGCCGCCUCUUCCACCUGGAGGGCUUCCAGCGCUGUGACGUGGCCCGGCAGCUGGGCAAGAACAACGAUUUCAGCAGGCUGGUGGCUGGGGAAUACCUCAGUUUCUUCGACUUCUCGGGCCUGACUCUGGACCGAGCGCUCAGGACCUUCCUGAAGGCCUUCCCUCUAAUGGGAGAGACCCAGGAGCGUGAGCGGGUGCUCACACACUUCUCCCGCCGGUACUGCCAGUGCAACCCUGACGACAGCACCUCGGAAGACGGGAUCCACACGCUCACCUGCGCGCUGAUGCUGCUCAACACAGACCUGCACGGCCACGUGAAUAUUGGUAAGAAGAUGUCCUGCCAACAGUUCAUUGCCAACUUGGACCAGCUGAAUGAUGGCCAAGACUUUGCCAAAGAUCUGCUGAAGUCCCUUUACAACUCCAUCAAGAAUGAAAAGCUGGAAUGGGCCAUUGAUGAGGACGAGCUGAGGAAGUCCCUGUCUGAGCUGGUGGAUGACAAGUUUGGGACAGGCACGAAGAAGGUGACACGGAUCCUGGAUGGUGGCAACCCUUUCCUGGAUGUCCCACAGGCUCUCAGCGCCACCACCUACAAGCAUGGCGUGCUCACCCGGAAGACCCACGCCGACAUGGAUGGCAAGAGGACGCCCCGUGGGAGGCGUGGCUGGAAGAAAUUCUACGCGGUGCUCAAAGGGACCAUCCUGUACUUACAGAAGGAUGAGUACAGGCCUGACAAAGCACUGUCGGAGGGCGACCUGAAGAACGCCAUUCGCGUGCACCACGCCCUGGCCACCAGGGCCUCUGACUACAGCAAGAAGUCUCAUGUGCUGAAGCUGAAGACAGCCGACUGGAGGGUCUUCCUCUUCCAGGCACCGAGCAAGGAGGAAAUGCUCUCCUGGAUCCUGAGGAUCAACCUGGUGGCUGCCAUCUUCUCCGCCCCGGCCUUCCCAGCUGCCGUCAGCUCCAUGAAGAAGUUCUGCCGGCCCCUGCUGCCCUCCUGCACCACGCGCCUCUGCCAGGAGGAGCAGCUGCGGUCUCACGAGAACAAGCUGAGGCAGGUGACUGCAGAGCUGGCAGAGCACAGGGGUCACCCCGUGGAGAGGGGCGUCAAGUCCAAGGAGGCCGAGGAGUGCCGGCUGAAGGAGCACUAUCUCACAUUCGAGAAAAGCCGUUAUGAGACCUACAUCCACCUCCUGUCUGUGAAAAUCAAGGUGGGCUCGGAUGAUCUGGAGCGGAUUGAGGCCCGCCUGGCCACCCUGGAAGGGGACGACCCUGCUCUUCGGAAGACACACUCAAGCCCUGCCCUCAGCCAGAGCCACGGGCCUGUGACUGGCAGCAAAGCCACAAAGGAUGCCACUGGGUCCGAUACUUAGCUGGCGUGGACACGAGGGCCCCGCCCCCAGAGCGCUCAGCACAACUGCAGCCAGGCGCCUCUCGCACCCAGCUCCAGGCAGUUGACGGGCAGCCCGGGGCGUGCGGGGAGCCCUGUGGGCCCAAGGCGGUGGAGUGGCCGUUUGUGGCUACAGUCUCCUCGCAUCCCGGGCCGCCCUCUGUGUCCUUGCAUCCUUGACCCUCUCCCCAGCCCUUGUCCCCCUUCCACCGCCGAGCCCCGGUUUGUAGGCCGGUAGUGCGCAUGCUCGAUACACCACUUCCGGGAGGAGCCGGAAGGGCCGUAGUGUCCUCCGGGCCUCCUGCUGCUGGCGCCUGCCCUGUGGUCGAGGGCAGGUCUGGGCUCGGGGUUUCCCGGUGGGAGUGCCCGCUCUCCCCCUCCUUCCUGUUGAGCAGCAGCGGGUCUGCAGACCACCAGCACCGUCCUCUUCCUGCUCUUCCCAGCAACCUCGGGGCCCACGCCAGCCCCUCCUGCCUCCCAUGGCGACCGCCUGGGGACCGGGCCCGCCCCUCCCAGUGCCAAGCAGACGCUACAAGUGCGUCCGCCUCUCCUUGGUCCGCUGGGGCACGACUGCCUCCUUUUAUACAGACACAAGUGUGUAUGUAUAUAAGAAUUAUAUAUAUGUAUAAGGAACUCUUAAAGAUGGCUUCGGAGGCGACAGCAGUUCGGGGGUGAAACCCGAGGAAGGCAAGGCUUGCUUCGGAGCUCCGCCUUCUGCCCCGUGGGAGGGCCCCAGUGGCCCUGCUGGAGACUGCGCUGACCGCUCUUAGCCCCCGUCAUUUCCUCUUCCGGCUGACCUGUGACUUAACGCUGCCCUUGCAGUUGACGCUUCUGGACUAAAGAGGGCGUGUGCGCGCUCCCCCUCGGUCCGCGGGAGUCCAGGGGUGUGAGUGCCGUGGGACCAGCCGGUAAGUUGCUGCUGCCAGGUCUCUGAGCCCCAGGGGCGACCUCUUGGGCAGGUCUCUGUGGCCCGAAUGAAAGACCCUCUGCCUUGCAUAUCGCCGCUUGCCAACAAGCCCAAAGAAGCCUGGUGGGGGAAGGUCGUGGAAGCCAUCAAUGGUCGGUGCUGGGAAAAGAUGGACGGACAAGCCGGUGAUGGUUGCGAGUUCUCCGGUCUUUGUAGUGAAUCACAGAGGCGUAGCCGAGAACAUGUUGGGAAGAACGGAGAGCUCCGCCACGGCACAGAGCAGACCAUGCGACCCUGCACUCCUUAGAUUCACAGGGUAGGGGUCAUGGCCCCCUCUUUGUAGCGAUGAUGAGCAAAUCUUUUUUGUUGUUUCAGUAGGUUCCUGUAGUUUGGCCUGCAGCGCGUUGACCUCAGUGGUAACGUGUUUAGUUAAUAAGAUAAGCCAGCCUUGAGUCUGAGUACCUAACGUUGCAAGCCCAAUCGCACUGGAUUGAAGGGACGUGUGAGUUCGUGAAGCGAUGUAGUGAUUUAAGUCCCGAGGAUGAAGUUGGAUCAGCUGAAGCGUGUUUUCUGACUGAACCAUCUGGCCCCUUCGCUUUGCUCAGGGGAAGUAGAUGUGCACUUCAGUGACACUGAGAAGGCUGGGUGGCACCGGGAAGGGCUGCCCGGACCUCCCGUGCGGCGGCUUCUGCAGGGCAGGUGAGUGGAGGCGGCAGGCCCUGGCGCCCGCUGCCCAGAGUUGUGCUUCCCUGAGCACUAGUUGUGCCUCCCGUCCGUAAAACAAUUUUUAGUUCUCUUCCUUAAUUGUAUAAUUAUUUAUUUGUAAAUUAUAUACAUGUACUACUCUACUAAAAUAUUAUGUACAUUAUAAAAAAUAGAAAUUUUAAAAAAGGUGAGAUAAAAUAAAUCUAAAUCAGA